CAUACCAAUCAGCACCAGAGCCGAACUGUUUCCCCGUACAGCGAAUGCACGCACACAGUAUACACAAACUCGAGCAAGCAAACAAACCCUCUCCAUCUUUGGGCCUUCCUUCCUUCCUUCUCACAAUUAGGGUUUCACUGGCUCUGAUUCAAUGGAAGACCAAAAUCAAACAUCAUCGGAACCAAAUCAAGAGCCCACAGACGAUCCGAUGGUCGACGAUGAAUCGUCCCCAACGAUUCUCGAUAUCACCAGCUUUCAGCUCCACGAUCUUAGCUCAAUCGAGUUUCCUCCGAGUUUGAUCGAGUUGGACUUCACGGCCAAUCGUUUAUCGGCUUUGGACCCUCGAAUCGCCCACCUCUCGAACCUCAAAAAGCUCUCGCUUCGCCAGAACCUCUUCGAUGAUGCCGGCGUCGACCCCAUUUCCUGCUGGGAUGCCCUUUCGGGCCUCGAGGAGCUUGUUCUCAGGGAUAAUAAAUUAAUGAAAGUACCUGAUGUUAGCAUAUUCAAGAGGCUAUUGGUAUUUGAUGUCUCUUUCAAUGAGAUUUCAUCAUCAAAUGGACUGUCUAAGGUCUCUAACACACUCAAGGAACUCUAUGUGUCCAAAAAUGAAGUUACCAAGAUGGAGGAGAUUGACCACUUUCAUGAGCUACUAAUUCUUGAAUUUGGCUCAAACAGAUUACGGGUAAUGGAGAAUUUGCAAAAUUUGACAAAUUUGCAAGAGCUAUGGCUGGGUCGGAAUCGUAUCCGUACUGUUAACUUAUGUGGGCUCAAAUGCAUCAAGAAGAUUAGCCUGCAGAGUAAUCGUUUAACUGCCAUGACAGGGUUUGAGGCAUGUGUUGCCCUGGAAGAACUAUAUUUGAGCCAUAAUGGUAUUGCCAAAAUGGAAGGCUUAUCAACCUUGGUAAAUCUGCGGGUCUUGGACGUAUCAUCGAAUAAGCUAACUGAAAUUGCUGACAUUGGAAACCUGACCCAAUUAGAAGAUCUAUGGCUUAAUGACAAUCAAAUUGCAUCAGUAGAAGGUAUUGAUGAGGCCGUUGCUGGUUCAAGAGAGAAGCUCACCACCAUCUACCUUGAGCGCAAUCCAUGUGCAAAUGCUCCAAACUAUUACACUAAUUUGAGGCAAAUCUUCCCAAAUGUUGAGCAAAUAGAUUCUGAAAUUUUUGCCUAGAAGUUUUGUGGCACCUGAUUUUUACUCUUGUUCAGAGGACACUGAUACAGCAAGUUUUCACUUAUGUCAGAGUACUGUUCCUCAAAUGUCUUCUAUAUGUAUGUGACCAAGCAAUUGAUUGUUACAUUUACAUUUUAUCUUUCAGUACCGAGUACACAGAUUUUUUUUUGGGGAAAUUGUGGUUCAUGAGGUUUGGUAGAAGUUGAUUCAGUUGUGUUUGCAGAAAAAUGCAUGCCAAGAAAUUAGAAACUGAUCAAGGGCUUGCGUUAUCAGACUUCCAACCAUAUGCAUUACCUUUCACCAUUGUUUACAAGUUUUCAAGACAAUUAUUUUUUCCCUAAUAAAGAGCAUUCUCUCAA